AUGGACUACAAACCACAAUCCUGGGCAGCAAAUCCACUUACAAGGCUUGUCGAUAGCGGAGGGGCCUUGAUUAAUAUUUGGGGUAUGAAGGAUUAUCCCAACUCAAUCAAAGUGCUGUCGGGAUUCGUGGAAUUGAGUCGGGAAGAGGAAAAGUGGAACAAUGACAUAGAUUUCAACUUGUUAGCUACAGCCCCACUGUCCAAUGUGAAACGGAGAGUGAGAGUCAAAACAGAAGAGAGCGAGAAGACACGGGGUGUGAGAGAAACCAUGGAGAACGAUGAGGCCGCAGAAUGA